GUGUCCGGGGACCCUCGGGCGCCAGCCCUCUGCGAGCCGGCCCGCUGGAGGAGGGAUUUUGGCGUGAGAGUCGGUCCUCUGCGUAAGGACCGCGGAUUCGGGGCUCUCAGCGAAGCCUCCCUCCAGGGAGCCGGCUCGUGACUGGCCCGCGUGCGGUGUUGGAGGUUCGGUCUCCCGGUCUCCUGUGUAGCGCCGAGAGCUGCUGUGCAGGCGGCACGCGUCGGCUGCUGGUGCUGAAAAGGCAGAGUGCGCCCCUGCCGCCCCCCUCUCUCCGUUGACUUCCAGAGGCUGCUUUAGUUUAUGGUCCCUCAAUGUAACGCCCCCAAACGGCUUCCAAACUCAAGGCCUCAACCCUUCCCGCCGCUCAGGUCUCGACUCUAGAGUCUGUCCCGGCCCAAUAUCAUCCGGGUCUGCUGCUCCGUCUCUGCACUGGGACCCCGGCCCCCGGCCUCUUGACCACGCAGCACCGUGGGAGUGUCCAUAAGGAAAACUUCACCUUCUUGAAGAUUAAAGCCUACCUCUCUGUUCCCAGUCCAAAUGUUUGCAAAACUGAGAAAGUCAUCACUCCUUCCACAAACUCCAGAGGAGUCUGACAGCAUUCUGAUAGUGAAGAUGGAAGAGGAAGAGCCAGCCUGUGAUCUGGACUCCAGCCUCCCCUGGAGCUGCUGCUGCAGUCCAGAGACCUUCCGCCAGUGUUUCAGGCAGUUUGGCUACCAGGAGUCCCCUGGGCCCCGGGAGGCUCUGAGCCGGCUCCGGGAACUUUGCUACCAGUGGCUGAGGCCGGAGGUGAACUCCAAGGAGCAGAUCCUGGAGCUGCUGGUGCUGGAGCAGUUCCUGGCCAUCCUGCCUGAGGAGCUGCAGGGCUGGCUGCGAGAGCACCGGCCCGAGAAUGGAGAGGAAGCCGUCACUCUGCUGGAGGAGCUGGAGAAAGAUCUUGACGGGCCAGCUGAGCAGGUCUUUUUUGGACAAAAUGAGGACAUGCUUGCCGAGAAGCUGACAUCUUGGGAAAUGACUCAGGAGUCACCAAGUAGCAGAAUCAAGCCUGUAAAGCAGCAGCUGCCCCUGGCACCAGGGGAGUUUCACUCAAGACAAAAAGGUAAAGACACGAAAACUAUAAAUGUGAAUUCAGCUUCGACGCAAAAGACUUCUCCAGGCAUGGAACUGCAUUACAAUGUUCCUAACACCCUUCAUAUGGGUGCUCCCCAGAGUUGCACGUAUAGAAGAGCCUAUGAACAAAAUGGCAAGUUUGAAAGAAGACAGAAAAACCCUUCUGGAAAAAAACAACACAAGUGUGAUGAAUGUGGCAAAGUCUUCAGUCAGAGCUCAGCCCUUAUCCUCCAUCACAGAAUCCACAGUGGGGAGAAACCUUACGCAUGUGAUGUGUGCGCCAAGGCUUUCAGCCGGAGUGCCGUCCUGAUACAGCAUCGAAGAACACACACUGGGGAAAAACCUUACAAGUGUCAUGAAUGUGGGAAAGCCUUUAGUCAGAGCUCAAAUCUUCUCAGACAUAGGAAAAGACACACAAAAGAAAAAGUCCCAUCAGUGUUGUAAGGGAAUCAAAGCAUUUGCUCAGAGCUUUUUCAAUGGGAAAAGACCCAAAGCACAAACACUCCUUGAGUAUUUCAGUGGUGUUAGUGGGCACUAGUUUGCUUUCAGAAGUCAUAAAAGCUACAGGAGAGAAUGUAAAAUAUCUUCUGUCAACGUUGUUUGUGCUUCUGCUUAUCAAUAUAGUGUCAAUUCAGAUGUUUGAGAUUCUGAAGCAUAAUUCAGAUUUCCCUCCCCAGGGUACCUCUUGAAAGACAUUCUCAAACAUGGUCUAUUUCCAUUACUAACACAAAUAAUGAACUGGUACAUGUCUUUUUAGACAAAUUUUCCCUGUUGAGAAGGAAUGUGUGAGUUACUCAGUAUAAAAAUAAGUAUUUUCCUCCAUUCCAUAACUUAAGCAUUGGAGUUCCCAGACCAAAGAUUAGAGCAUUUAAAAAUUUUUUCACCAUUUGUUUUUUGUUACCAGACUCAAAAUAUGAGAAUAUGAUUGAGGAGGCCCAAAAGAAUGUGUACCUUCAGACCAAGGCUGAAAUGUCCAAAGUCAUUGUUAGGGGUAGAUGAGUAAAGGCAUUUAAUCUCUUAUGACAAUUCACAAAAGCCCGCACUAUUUAUGAUACUAAGCAGUUUUUUUUUUUUAAGAUUUAUUUAUUUUUAGAGGGAGAGUGUGUGGGAGUGGGGGAAGAGGUAGAGGGAGAGAGAAUCUCAAGCAGACUCCCCUGCUGAGCGAGGAGCCCAUGACCCUGAA